GACCCAAAGUCUCAAUUUUGGCGUUAAGUUCUAUGGCUAACGACAUUCACAAUAGUCUAGUUCUUGUGUCUGGGACUGCAGUCCCACGGCUAGAGAAUGAUCGAGAUCCAAAGACAUUCUUCACUCAACGGUUUCCGAAGAGUCUCAUCGAUGAGUUCCUGUUUAUGGAUAGUUCUGCAGACAGCGAGCGACUUCUGUACCAAAGAUCAACCGUGCUACUCGAGCAGUUACACAACUCUCGAGGGUCCUCCACGCUCCCAAUCGUGUUUCUCGCUCACGGACUUGGCGGUUUUGUUGUGAAACAGACUCUCAUAUCCGCGACAGAAGAGCCAAGGUAUCGGGACAUUGCACUACAUACCUCGACUAUUCUAUUUUUUGGUGCAUCUCAUAGAGCGACCCCGCAAAUGAGCUGGGAGCAUCUCUACUUGCGGCUGCUUUCAGCGUCUGGGUCACUUCCACCCCACCCACUUAAGCUCGUGCAGCGAUUAGUGGAAGAAUUGGAAGGUGUCAGCGCAAGCUUCCGGACGAUUUCUUGCAGCUUUGACGUCGUCAACUUCUACGAGGCCGGCCCACAUCCAUUGGUAAGUGUUCGUCUGGGGAGCUAAAAGCGCUAUUUGAGCUAAGCCGGCAUUCUAGCUUGACCAACGGUGCUCUACCCUUGGCAGGCAAGAUGAGAUAAAUAUUGGCUUCGAUGGUCGGCAUGAAGAGCUCUGGAAUUUUGUCAGCGGGGACGGGAAAACCAUAGCUGACAAAGCUUGUAAACACAUUCUUGCAACAAAAAAUGGCAGAAACUUCUUGCUCCGUGAUUUUCUCCACCGACUUUCGCUUCUUGACUCCCAGACUCAUCGGCUGAAACCAAAUUUCGGAGCACCCAUCUCUUUGGAUUGGGUACGCAGCACCGAGGAGUUU